AUGCCUCCUAAAAGAAAGUAUCUGUCCGGUUAUGAUAAACGUAUGAAAAAGAAAAAAUUGGAAGAGUUAACUCAAUCUCAAAGCGGGGCUCUUGACAAUUUUUUAUUAAAAAAACCGCAAAUUGUAGAUGAAAAUCCAAAUGUUGUUGAUGUUAAUGCUGAAAUUUUUGAAAAAAUGGUUGUUAAUGAAAAUAUUAAUUCGGAUAAUCAAAGUGUUGAUGUUAAUGUGCCUGCCUCUGAAAAUAAAAAUGUGGAUGAUCAAUAUGUUGAUGUUAAUGAUGAUGAUGGUGAGGAUUUGGAUAAUUUGUUUCAUAGAGAGGAAAAUGAUAAUUAUAAUGAACAGCAACCAGACCAAUAUGAAUAUUCUUUUGAUAUAUUUGAUCCAAGAAAUUAG